GUCCUUCAUAGGCACACAGUUAUAUAAACAUUUAUAUAUACAAUAUAUAUAUGUCUGGAAUGUAAAAUAACGGAGAGGAAAAAAGAGACAUAUUUCUUUUGGCAUUAUCAAAUCAAGAACAAUGGGCUACGAGCGACUCGGACCAUCCGGAGCAACCGGGUUGGAAGCCGCCAUGGCUUCGAGCCACCCACACGCCGCCACGUCAGCGCCACCGGAGAUUGGUCGGAGCGACAUCAACAGGAAGAACAAUAAAAGGAAGGUUGCAGUACUCUCGUGUGUCGGAGUAGCCGCCGUGGCUCUCAUUCUAUUCGCCGGACUUUUCGCGGGCCUACGCGCCCGAGUCAAGCCGGGUCAACCCGCGCCUGGUCUGGCUCGGAAACCGAGUCAGGCGAUUUCCCGGGCGUGCGGAUUGACCCGGUUCCCGGACUUGUGCGUGGACUCGCUGAUGGAGUUCCCGGGAUCCGAGUCGGCAGCGACGCCGCGAGAUCUGGUCCACGUGGCUGUGAACAUGACGCUCCACCACUUUUCUCGCGCGUUCUACUCCUCCUCAGGCAUUUCCUUCCUCCACAUGCCGCCACGUGUCAGGUCCGCCUAUGACGCCUGCCUCGAGCUCCUCGAUGACUCCGUCGACGCCCUCUCCCGUGCCCUAUCCUCCCUCUCCGCCGCCGGACGAGCCUCUCCGGCAGCACCGGCCGACGUGGUGACGUGGCUCAGCGCUGCGCUGACGAACCACGACACCUGCACCGAGGGAUUCGACGCCGUAGACGGCGGUGGCGGAGGCAACGGAGUGAAGGACCAGAUGACGGCGGCGCUGAAGAAUCUGUCGGAGCUGGUGAGCAACUGUCUGGCGAUCUUCUCCUCUAGCGGCGGAGGAGACGAUUUUUCGGGCGUGCCGAUUCAGAAUCGGAGGAGGCUGCUGGGUGGGCGAGAUCCUCCCCGCGAGAUAUCGCGGGACGAGAAAUACCCGGGAUGGUUGAGGAGGAGGGAGCGCGAGUUAUUGGAGAUGCCCGUAUCGCGGAUACAAGCCGAUAUUAUCGUGUCGCCGGGUGGGAACGGCACGUGCAAGACGAUCGCCGAGGCGAUCAAGAAGGCUCCCGAGCGCAGCACUCGCCGGACAAUUAUCUACGUCAAGGCCGGGAGGUACGAAGAGAAGAACCUCAAGGUUGGUAGAAAAAAGAUAAACUUGAUGUUCAUCGGAGACGGAAAGGGCAAAACUGUCAUUUCGGGUGGGAAGAGCAUAUUCGAUAACAUCACCACUUUCCACACGGCGUCGUUUGCCGCGACGGGAGCCGGUUUCAUCGCAAGGGACAUAACGUUUGAGAACUGGGCCGGACCGGCCAAGCAUCAGGCGGUGGCUCUCCGUGUCGGGGCGGACCACGCAGUCAUUUUCCGAUGCAAUAUCAUCGGAUACCAAGACACUCUCUACGUCCACUCUAACCGUCAGUUCUACCGCGAAUGCGACAUCUACGGUACGGUCGAUUUCAUUUUCGGCAACGCGGCGGUAGUAUUGCAGAACUGUAGUAUCUACGCUCGCAAACCGAUGGAUCUCCAGAAAAACACGAUCACGGCGCAGAACAGAAAGGAUCCGAACCAAAACACGGGAAUAUCGAUACACGCAUCCAGGGUUCUGUCUACGUCUGAUCUGGUAGCGACGAACGGAAGUAUACAGACGUAUCUAGGACGACCGUGGAAACUGUACUCAAGAACGGUGUAUAUGUUGUCGUAUAUCGGUAACCAUGUACAUCCGCGAGGUUGGCUCGAGUGGAAUACCACGUUCGCACUCGACACUUUGUACUACGGAGAGUAUAUGAACUAUGGGCCGGGAUCGGGGCUGGAGCAACGGGUGAAAUGGCCGGGGUAUAGGGUAAUGAAUUCGACGGAGGAGGCGACUAGGUUUACGGUGGCUGAAUUCAUAUAUGGAUCGUCGUGGUUACCGUCGACGGGAGUGUCCUUUUUGGCCGGACUCAACAUGUGAUCAUGGGGUUUGUAUUGAUAAUUAGUUCAUUCUUACACCAUAAAUAUUUGGUUACAUGGGUUUGAUUUCAUCUUGAGGGAUGUGUUCAAUAAGGAUCUUGAUUUCGAUUUUACAAUUUAAAAAAAAAAAGAAUAGAGGGUUAAAUUCGAUGGCUAAUACGUUUGUUGUAAAGACGUAUUUGAUGAACUUGUAGAUUGAACGAUGAUGUUGUACACUUUGUGAACUGGAAAUUACAUAAAGCACGGUUGCGGUA